CUCCACAGCCCCAAUUUAUAUUUAUAUAGUAAAUGCCAUCCACUUCAGGAACUUGUAUUUUCCGAAUUGACCGUUAUGGUCGAUUUACCAAUUCUGAGCAAAUAGCUUUCAUAUUUAGUUUCACUUUUCCCCGUAAUUUGCGAAAGGUUUCGCCACAAUCUUGUUUGUGUGGCUUAUUCGUCCAUAACCUAAGCCUAUUCUAACAUGCUGGAAGUUGUUUUUCUGUUAUUUUUAAGUGAAUUCAUCGGUUAUAAGGCUUCAAUGGGUCAUCCGCAGUUGUAUUAUAGUUCAACCGAAUUUCACUUCGAUCCGAGGGUAGCCAAUGGAACAGCGUGGCUGAGUAAUAAUAGAACCUCCAACGUGAUAUUCAACCUAGGAACAGAAAUAAAAACAAUGCGUGUGGUAUUCAACGUUGAUUUGUUUCGGGGCGCAAGAAAGUUUUAUAACGCUAAUAUAACUCGGGAUUAUUGUGAUUCAGUGAAAUUGUUCAAUGGGAAUGGAAUGUGGAAGAUUAUUCACCGAGCCUUUUUCAAAGUUACCAACUUUCCAUUGUCUUGUCCUAUAGCUAAAAAUACUUAUUAUGUGCGUAAGCUAUCGUUUCCAGAUCAUCUGCUUCCUGCCUAUUUGCCUGCCUUAACGUUUGUUGCGGAGACAACAUGUUUCUAUCAACCCUAUUUCAACCAAGAUGAAUUACUAAUGAAGUAUAUUUCACACGGAAGAAUUAUUCCUUAGUUUAGGAAUUUUUGUGGGAAACAUUUCGGCUAAAUGUAUUUUACUUUCAUAAAUAUAAAUUCUAAUAAAUACACACUUGACACACAAUGUCGUACUCAUCGGUAGAACUAACAAUAUUAGUUUAAUUUUUAUUCUCUUACCCAUUUUAGUUUCGCAAGUUUCUUUCCAAAACCUUGGCGUCCUUCUUGUAUGUGCGAUAAUUCAAACCAUUUUUAAGAUUUUAUUAAAAUCGAUUCUUUGUCUAUCCGUCGAUCUGAGGAAGGACCGGGUCCAUUAUAGAUGCGUGUCAUUUGUUCGGCUACUUUUUUUUUGCGUCAUUUACUUUAUUGAAUCUUUCUAAAUAGAAACUAACAAUAAGUUUUCAAAUCCUAGAACUAAAAUUCUGAUAUAUUCCUCCCCAGUGCUAAUAGAAUA